GGGGGGGGGCGGGGGCGGGGGCGGAGGCUUCUCCGUCCGCAUCGGGGGCGCUGCUGGUUUCGGCUGUAGUGUCCAGAGCAGCCGGAGCAGGCGGGGAGGGCGGCGGCGAUGGCUCCGGCGGCGGGCGGCGCGGGGUCGGCGUCGGGAGGCAAGAUGGCGCCGUCGCAGGUGCUGCGUUGCUGCCAGAGGGUGCUGGCCUGGGUCCCCGUGGCCUUCAUCGCCCUGGUCGUGGCCUGGUCCUACUACGCCUACGUGGUCGAGCUCUGCCUCUUUACUAUUACCUCAACUGGAGAAAAAGUUGUCUACCUUGUGGUUUUUCAUCUGUCGUUUGUCAUGUUUGUGUGGUCCUAUUGGAAGACUAUUUUUACAUCUCCUGCCUCUCCUUCCAGUGAGUUCUGUUUGUCAAAAACUGAUAAGGAGCAAUAUGAAAAAGAAGAGAGACCAGAAUCCCAACAGGAAAUUCUACGAAGAGCUGCUAAAGACCUGCCUGUGUAUACUACAACAACAUCAAGAGCCAUAAGAUACUGCGAUAGAUGUCAGUUAAUCAAACCAGAUCGAUGUCACCACUGUUCUGCCUGUGAUCUAUGUGUCCUGAAAAUGGAUCAUCAUUGUCCAUGGGUGAAUAACUGCGUGGGAUUUUCAAACUACAAGUUUUUCCUCCUGUUCUUAUUAUAUUCCCUCCUGUAUUGUCUAUUUGUUGCUGCUACAGUUCUCCAGUAUUUCAUAAAGUUUUGGACACUUUGCCGCAGGAAAUCUGCUGAGAAUUGUCCAAAGAAUGAACUGUUAGAUACUCGUGCAAAAUUCCAUGUUCUCUUCCUUUUCUUUGUGGCAGCCAUGUUCUUCAUCAGCAUACUGUCAUUGUUUAGCUACCACUGUUGGCUAGUUGGCAAAAACAGAUCAACAAUAGAAGCAUUCCGGGCACCAAUGUUUCGAAAUGGACCUGACAAGAAUGGUUUCUCACUUGGAUGCAGCAAAAAUCUAAAAGAAGUUUUUGGAGAUGAGAAAAAGUACUGGUUGCUACCCAUUUUUACAAGCUUAGGAGAUGGCUGCAACUUUCCAACCCGCCUGGUGAUCAUGGAUCCAGAGCAACUUACUGUUUCAAGCCAAAAUGAAUCUGCCAAAAGUUCUGGUCCCAGUCAGCCAUUUCCUACUCGGCCACUCAGUGAGUCCCAAAAUAGACUGCUGGCAAAUGACAACCAGUGGGCAGAAGCCAGUUCAGAAGAUGACAGUGUUAAAUCAGGUGUAAAAAAGCAUAUUGUAGUUUCAUUGGAGAGCUGAUCUUGGUUUUGUUGUCCAUCCUUCUCAUUGUUGGGGGAAAUGAUUUCUACAAUAUGUUUGUGCUUGGAUAUUACUUAAUUUUGUAAGGAAGACACUUGAUAUAUCAAUGGAACAGUGCCAGCAUGUUAACGGGAUAUGAAGAAUGAAAUCUUGACGGUAUCCAGUGGAUGCUUAUAAACGCUUGCAGAGCGGGACAUUUAAUGCCUUAAGAUUCUUGAUGUGCAUUUUUGUUACACGGACCUAUGCCGCUACAAGGGCCAAAUCCGGAAAUGCCCUGCAAGGGUGUGCAAGACUCUCUAAGAGUGCAAAAACCUAUGCAUUCCGGCUGGUGGAGGGGACUGAUUCUGCAAACAUCAUGAGAUGACAGUGCCAUGGGAGUGAGGUGGGGCAAAGGAGGCAAGGAAGUAUUCUGUGCAGCCGUAGAGUUCAGCCAUUGAAAUGCACAGUAGUUAUGUGUAGCUGAAACACCAUCUGGCACACUAGUAGCAUGAUGUGUUUUUGUUUUCUCCACUACCAGUACAUGGCAGCUAGUGGUACUGAUUGAAAGUUGCUAAGCAGCCAACCCCAAACCCUGGCUUUUUAUUCCUCUGAUAUUGAAGUUCUCUUCCUUCCAUUUUGCUUUGUUGCAAUACAUUAUCAGACAAGGAAAGUUUUCCAUUUGUUUGUAUGCUUCCAAAUUAUGGCCUCUUAGCAAUUUGCUACAUUAGGCUAUAUCUUUGAAUAAGUAUGGACAUUAAUUAGUUUUCUCAACUUUUUUUUAAAAGACAAAUAAUAUUUUAAUUUCUUGAAAAUGUAUUUAAUAUAAGCCAUAUCAGGAAUGUAGUUCAGUAAAGUGAGUUUCUUCCCUGCCCCUGUAGAUAUGUUUACCUAAAUAUUACUACUUAACCUUUUUGACGGGUAAUCUCAGUAUACCAGUCCCUUCUGAAGCUGACUGAUUCCUUAGCCUUCUUUCAGUCUCAAGUCUAAAGGUCAUCCAUUUAUUUGUCUUUCUUUAUGAGAGAGGAGACGCAUAAGUGCUGCUUUUAGUGGGAAUAGAUUUCACAAAGAUUUUAUCAGGAACAUUCCUUGAGUAAUGAGGGGAGGAAGCUCAAAAGAGAAGGUCUUAUUCUAUAGCAGGUGUCGGCAACCUGCGGCCCGCGGGCCGCAUCCGGCCCGCGAAGCCUCUAGGACUGUGUGGGCGGGGCCGCCGCGCUGGGCUGCAUCCUGAUAUCAGACCUUCCUCAAAUUAGCAGCACGUGGGAACAAAACAGAUACACACGUGUGCCAGGAAAACAAAGUCCACUUUAAUUAAGCCUCAACAACCGCUUGGGCAUAUAACAACAACGCAAAGUCUCUAGGUCAACAACCCAAACAAAAAAAUAGACCUCACAAUGUCCUCCAAACUUAUCUCUCCCUUCUUCACGGCGAGGAAGCCCGGGCUUCGGCUGAAGCGUCCCUGCGAUACUUCUCGAGGGGUUCCGUCUCGGACUUUUCUUUGUUGGGAGGUAGGGGCCCGACUUCCCACCACUCUCCUCUUGGAUCCCACCACUCGUCCUCCAAGGUGGGUCUCUGGCGGGAAGUCUACAACUCCUCGUCUGGGAAAGGAAAGUCACCCUCUUCUCUAGGGUCUCGGAGACGCACCUCUUCGUGGGGACCUUGCCGCUGUCUACCCCCUCUCCUCCUUAAAGAUACAGGUGUCCCACUUCUCCCUGGACUCCGCUGUACCUCUCCUUUCCCUUGCUCGGCCGCUACUUCCCGCUCUGAUCUUCCGCGUCCUCUCCUCCCCGUUCGCCUUGGCCCUGCCUCUUUUAAGCUGCCCGCCUCUAACUCCGCCCUUUCUCUCUCCUCCGACUCCUCCUUCCUUCCAAGUCCAAUUACUCCUUCUCCCACCUGGUCCUCCUCAGCCCCUUCAUCCCCUCCUGCCCCACUACAUAACCCCCCGCCUAAGAGGGAUGAUGGGCAAUAGGUGGUCCAGGUGGCCUGUCGAGAGAAAAAAUCAGCGUUAGAGUGCAGGAGCCCUUGGCGAUGACAAACAGUAAAAGCGUAGGGUUGUAAGGCCAUAUACCAGUGGGUGAUGCGAGGAUUAGUGUCCUUCAUGGACAAAAUCCAAGUUAACGGGGCGUGAUCUGUGAUUAAUUGGAAGGGUGCUCCCCACAGGUAAUAUCGUAACGUCUCCACCGCCCACUUGAUUGCCAAGGCCUCCCUUUCAAUAGCGGCAUACCGUUGUUCUGCCGGUUUCAAUUUUCUACUCAGAUAUACAACGGGAUGUUCCCCAUCGUCCCAUUCUUGUGAGAGGACUGCCCCUAACCCGGUAUCUGAGGCGUCUGUUUGCACCAUAAAGGGUUUCGUAAAGUCCGGGGCUCUUAAAAUGGAGAAGCUACACAAACGCGUUUUCAAGUGUUCAAAAGCUUGCUGUUCCCGUCUCCCCCACCUAACCCUUCGAGGUUGUCCCUUCUUGGUCAAGUCUGUCAAAGGACCAGCCAGAUGAGAAAAAUGAGGUAUGAACCUUUUAUAAUACCCAGCUAAACCUAAAAAUUGCCUAACUUGUUUCUUCGUUUGAGGAAUGCCCCACUCCUCUAUUUUGUGUAACUUAUCUGGCAUGGGUCUAAUCUGCCCUUGCCCCACUAUGUGCCCUAGGUAUUUCACUGCUGUACAAGCAAUUGCACACUUCUUGGGAUUUGCGGUGAGUCCUGCCAUCCUUAGGGCUUUUAAGACUAACGUUAAAUGUUGCAAAUGCUCUUCCCAAGAGUCACUAAAAAUAAUGAUGUCAUCAAUGUAGGCAGCAGCACAGAAGGACGAAUCUUUCAAUACUAUAUCCAUUAACCUCUGGAAAGUUGCUGCUGCCCCAUGUAGACCAAAAGGCAUUCGCGUGAACUGAAAUAACCCCUUAGGGGUGGCAAAGCCUGUUUUCUCCCUGUCCUCUGAAUGAAGCUUGAUCUGCCAGUAACCUUUCGUUAGAUCAAUUGAAGACAGAAAUUGAGCCCUUCCCAACCUAUCUAAUAAAUUUAAAGCCCCAGGCAUGGGAUAAGCAUCGAAUUUUGAGACCUUGUUCAGUUGCCUGAAAUCCACACAGAAACGAACUGAUCCAUCUGGCUUUGGUACCAUUACCGGUAAACUUCUCCAGGGACUAACUGAGGGUUCGAUUACCCCCAACUCCAACAUCGUGUCCACCUCUUUGUUAAUCAGUUCCUGUACUCUCCAAGGCCAAGGCCUUAAGAGCACCCUUACCACUGUACCCGGUUCUGUUUGAAUGGCAUGUUCCCAGACACUUGUACAACCAGGUUCUCCCCUAAAUACAUCUUGAAAAACAGACUGUAAGUUCCUCACCUGCUCCACUUGUUCCUGUUGUAAAGGCGAGAGGACAGGUAUAUCCCCGACCUCUCGGAAAUCCUCCACUUGAGGUCCUAUCAUCCAUUCCUCCUCUUCAUUCGACCCCUCAUCUGUUUCCCCGAAAAGGGCCUCUCUGACCCUCCAGGCCUUCAAAAGAUUAAUAUGAAAAAAAAAUUUCUUUAAAGGUACAUCACUUAUUUUCACCUCAUAAUCUACAGGACCUACUCUACGGACCACCUCAAAAGGUCCUUGCCAUUUGGCAAAUAAUUUUGCUUUCUGAGCGGGUAGAAGCACUAAUACCCUCUGGCCUAUGUCUAACUCCCUUUCUUUUACCUUUUUAUCGUAAUUCCACUUUUGCUCUGCUUGUGCCUGGGCCAAAUUAUCCCUAGCUAUUUGUCCUAUUUCCUUAAGGUGUUCACGCAUUUGCAGGACAAAUUGCAACUCUGACUGGGAGCUCUGUUCCUCCAGUUCCCACCCUUCUUUUACGAUGUCUAAAAUCCCUCUGGGUCUUCUUCCAAAAACCAAUUCAAAAGGAGAGAAUCCUAAAGAAGAUUGGAGAACCUCUCUAAAUGCAAAUAAUAAGGAUUCAAUUAACUGAGGCCAUUUUUUUGGAUGCCAUUCGCCUGUGGGUGGUACACGGAAGUCUUAAAGGGCCGUACCCCCAGCAACUCCCACGUUUUUUUUAGGGUCUGGCUCAUAAAGUUUGAGCCUUGAUCUGUAAGAAUUUCUUUAGGGAACCCUACUCUCGAAAAGAUCUUUAUCAAUUCCUGUGCUAUCCGGGAGGCGGGAAUGUUUCUUAAAGGGACCGCCUCUGGGUAUCGUGUGGCACAAUCCACUACUACCAAAAUGUAUUUAAAGCCUCCCACCGCUUGCUCCAGAGGACCUAUAAUAUCCAUGGCCACCCUAGCAAAUGGUUCUUCAAUUAUGGGCAAUGGCAUUAGCUUACCUCCUGGCGGACCUUUGUCUUGAAAAAGUUGGCACUGGGGACAGGACCGACAGAAGUUUUUUAUGUCCGCAAAUAUUCCCGGCCAAUAAAACCUUUGUGUUACCCGGUGAGUUGUCUUUUCCAUCCCCAAAUGCCCUGCCAUGGGAAUUUCAUGUGCCAAUUUCAUUACCACCAGCCGGAGGGCUCGUGGUACCACCAACUGGGCGUCCCCCCCAACCGGAUCUCUUUUUGGAGGUAAUCUGUACAACAAAUCCCCUUUUAGAACGAAACAAGGACCUUCCUUUGCUCCUUCCAGCUGAGCUUGCCUUAAAGCUUCCCCCAAGGUGGGGUCAUCUUGUUGCCAAGCGACCACUUGGGCUCUCUUCACUCCUCCCACAUCUAGUUCUACUGCCUCGCCAACCUCCCCCGCUAAAGCUUCAGUCUCUUUCAAUAAUUGCCGCCAACCCGGCCAGUCCCUACCUAACAACACCUCCCAUCUUAGGGACAGUACCACUCCCACUCAGAGUCUAUUCUUUCGCCCUCCCACUUCUAUUUGGGCCCAGACUGUGCGGUAAGGCUUAAGAUCUCCGUGGAUACACCUUACAUUCACUCAGCCCGUUUCUUGGUUUCCAGGAAACUCCCUAACUAAAGUUUGACCACAGCCUGAAUCUACCAGGGCUUUCACUUCUUGUCCCUCUACCCGUGCAGCUACUACGCGAGGUGCAGAAGCAUUCUCUCUUACCUGUGAUGCCUCCCAGGUAUCAGCCCAGGAGCAUUCCAUUACUGGGCAGUCUCGUCUGAUGUGCCCCUCCAUGCCACAGGUAAAGCACACUAUCGGACGACGAGCCAAGUCUUUAGCUGCCCCUUCACCCUCUUUUCUAGUCUCCGUUAACUCCGUUUUCGCUCCUGGAGCUCCUUCCAGGGGUCUGGGAAAUGCCUUCAGUAAUCCUCGACCCGCACCGCGGCCCCCGCUUGGCGCGGUCUUUCCCCCUCUGACCUGGAGGCCUUCCAUCCCUCUACCACUCCGCGCCCCUUCGCUUUCUUCAGCCAUUGUGAAAGCCUCCAUCAACUGGCAGCCUCCAGAUCUUUGGGCCGGUGGCACCUUAUCCAAUUUCAGGCUUGUAAGGGCAAGGCAGUGAUAUACUGCUCUACCAACACAACUUCGGCCACGUCUAUCGCUGAACGUUCUGUGGGUUUGAGCCACCUUAACCCACAGGCUCUAACCUUUUGCCCCAAAGUCCGGGGAUGCAGGCCUGGCCUCCAUUUUAAUUCCCUCAAGCGCCGCCGAUAGGUCUCCUCGGAUAUAUUCAAAGUCUGAAGUAUUGUUUCUUUGACCUUUUGAUAGUCUUUGGCGUCCUCCACGGACAUAGUAUCUACCGCCUCUUGUGCGGGACCAGUGAGACAAGGUGUCAUGAUAAGAGCCCAUUGCUCCCGGGGCCAUUGAGCUGCCAGAGAGACCCGCUCGAAGGUGUUUAAAAAGGCCUCUACGUCAUCCUGGGGCCCCAUUUUCAUUAAUUUCAAGGGAUUCAAUCCCACAGUCCAGGUUAGCCCCCUUUCUCUUUCAGUAGAGCCUUCAGCUCGUGGGGAGCCCCACUGUUCUUUCCAUUCAGCCGAAUUUUGGUUGCAUUUACAUUAUCCUUCUGCUUUUUUGGACUCCGUCCGUUGCUGGAGUGGUUCUUUUGUAUGUAACAGUACACACAGUGGGAUCCAGCUAGGGGUGGAAUGGGAACGGGUGCUGGUCAGGCUGUUGCUGGACUUCCAAACCACGUCUUCGGGUUGGGAUCUGCCAUGGUCGAGCAUUUGGAAGGUGCAUUGCAAUGUUCCCCUGCUGCAAACCAAGGCCACCUGGACCAUUAAGUUGAUUGUUCCUUGGGUUCUGAGCUGGUAAGGGCUGGAGGCCUCCAUUUCCAUUCCAGCGUCGACUCACGUACACAAACAAUACAGUGAUGUAGAGGCAUGUUAGCACCCAUAGGCUGACAAUCAGCUUGUAAACAUUAUCACACGACGAUGAACACUGGCCACCAUUCGUUGCAUUUGCUGCCAAAUCGGUGGUCACAUAGGUGCCGUCAUCCAUUCUAGGAGGCCCAGGGCGCUUGCUGCAGCCCUGUUCUAGGGCUGCAGGGCCAUGCCAGCCCUCCGAAUGGGCUCCGCCCUCCUCCCUUCUCUCUCUGCCCUUCACCCUCCUGGCUCCAUUUUCCUAGCUCUGCCCUCCUCUCUCCGCCUCCCUCUAUGAAUAGAAGAGUGUGGAGGGGAUGGAAAGGAGGAGGCGGCAGAGAAAAGGAAAGCGAAAGAGAGCCAGCCAGCCAGGCAGCUGGAGCAAGCCACUGAAGAGGUUGGUUGGUGCAUGUAUUUUCCUCUGCUUGGUGACUGUGAUUUACUCUCCCUUGGUAUCUUUGCAAACCCCCCCCCCCCAUGCUCCUUUGGGCAUGCUUUGAUUCUGAUUUCCUGCAUGGCAGGGGGUUGGACUGGAUGGCCCUAAUGGUCUCUUCCAACUCGUAUGAUUCUGUGUUUCUCCUAUGCUUUGUGACUCCCUUACUAUCUUUGCAACCCCCCCCCCCCGCUCCUUUGGGGAUGCUUUGAUUCUGAUUUCCUGCAUGGCAGGGGAUUGGACAGGAUGGCCCUUGGGGUCUCUUCCAACUCUAUGAUUCUAUGUUUCUCCUAUGCUUUGUGACUCCCUUACUAUCUUUGCAAACCCCCCCCCCCCCAAUGCUCCUUUGGGCAUGCUUUGAUUCUGAUUUCCUGCAUGGCAGGGGGUUGGACUGUUUCUCCUAUGCUUUGUGAUUGUGUUGAUAAAAUUGAGGGGAAAGUUUGUGCUGCCCUUUUGACCAGCUCAACUCAGAGCUAGAUUCUGUGCUCUCUUUGUAAAAGGCCCAGGGCUGCUGGUGCUAAUGCUAACCUCUGCUCCUUUACCUAAAUAAAAGGACUUGGCCCUAUUCUCAGCAGUGAACUAUCACUCACUUAAGGAUGAGGGCAGAAGAAAGCUUUAUGCGGCACACCAGCACUUUGUAGGCAGUAGGGGUUAUGUUGGACUAGUUAUGUUCCAUCUGGCCCACAAAGUGAUCCUGCAACUUUUUGUAUCACCUAGGAGCUUUACAUUCAAAGGGAAUUUCUAGGUGGAAAAACUUACCUUGCUUCUCCUGUUCUGAGUUCCUGUGCUGUGAUCCUCAGCUUCAAAGGAUAAUAGAAUGAGAUUUAAGUGAAUUUUGGGAGCCAAAUCAUACACACUUAUGCUGGGAUCGAAUUUGUUAAUGAAUCAACUACAGCAGCAGAAUAUGUUUUGUAGCAGGUCAGACAUGCAGAUGACAUGAAAUGAAUGGAUAACAGGGUUCUGUUUGUUCAGUAUACAUAGGAAUGAAGGCCCAUCUGCACUUAAGUGAAUGUUAGAUGUUCACAUAUUUCUGCUAAUGCAUUCCCCUUUUCACUGUUAUUGGGGGGGUUAAAACUACAUUGUCAAUAUUUAAUAUUUUAGGUUAUUAUUCUGCAGUCCUCAGAUCAUUUUGUAAAGGCUCCAUCAAUGAUUAGUAAAACUAUAUAAUAAAGGGAUUGCCACAUUCUGUGGACCAGCCCACAGGCUGGAUUACCAUGCCAACCAGAAAAUCAAGAAGUCUGGUUUCCUAAAACCUAUUUUUUGUUGUGGGAGCAUACCUUAUUUUAAGGGAGAAUUGUAUACUCAGCAGGCAAUUCUUUCUUUAAUGAAACAAGUUAGUGGUGCAGAGAAACUACUGGAUGCCACAAAACCAGGCAAGGAGCUACAAGUGGCUCAUCUUUGCUAUAGGAACUCUAAAGUGUUAAUGAUUUAACGUGGGGUAUUAUACUCGUAUUGCAAAAUUAUACCAAAGACUAACAUGUGUAAAGUUAGUUUGUUACACUGGAAGAUAUGUUGGUGGGUAUAUUGCAGUCUUCUCAUCAAAGCAUUUUGUUGGCCAGAGAGGAUUGGUGUAUUUGGAAGCAACUUACAUGCACAUUUAUUAUAUGCACAUUUAUACUAGUAGAGUUUGCAUUAUGCCGGUGUAAGUACAUUUCUGGCCUCAUCCAAUUUGCUAACCAAUCAUUGAUAAUAAUAAUAUAAUAAUAAUAAUAAUUUAUUUAUAGCCCGCCCAAUCACAAGGAAUCCAGGCGGGUUACAACAGUAAAAAUAAAGAUAAUAAAAUACAAUACAAUAAAUAAAUAAAAUACAAUAAAAUUAAAAAAUAAAAUGUGAUAGGAUGCCCAAUAAUUUUUGUUUUUACCUCCAAGAAACCAUGUUUACUAGAAAGCCUUUCCUGAUCUCUAACUUUUUCUGUUAAUGAACUAUUCUCACAACUAGUAUUUUCUGCAAGUGGAUCAGUGAGAAAGCAUCGUUUCAUAAAAUAAUGUCAAGAAAAAUGGCCAGUGUCUGGCUAUAUCAUAACUACCUACCAAGGCAGCCUUUUGUAUUGGUAUUAUAAAAACAUAUCUUCAUAUCCAGUGUAUGUGUUCCAAAUAUUACUUGAAUCUUGUCAGUGGUAGAAAGAAAUUGACCAUGUUUACAAAUAAAUUACUGAAAGUGGGUUUUGGAAGAUUAUCCAGCAGAGAUAAAAGGCUCAUUAUUUGACUACAUGUUAUUUUCAUCUGGAUCUUGUUUCUUUUACCAAAAUACUAAUAAUCUAUAUCAAAUGGAUACAUUGCAUAAUACUGUAGAUUGGGGGGGGGGGGGGGCGGGAAAUAAUAAAAAUUAGACUAAAAGAACUUCAAGUGGUUUAAGGACUGCAGCCAUUUACCUCAGCCCUAAAUGCAUAUGCCUGGAAGGAGUUCUGCUGAUUUCAUCAGAGAUUACUUUCAGGAAAAUGAUUUAGGACUGUAGGCAGUCUAUAGCGAUUUCUCCCAAUGUAAAUUAUAUGGCCAUAUGAGUAAGGUUGCCACAAUCUGUGUGUUUGCCAGUGGGUAUGUCAGAUGCAUUGCACUGUAUUUAUGACAAAGAUAUAUGCAAGUAUAUUACUUAAAAUAUAGGUAUCUCCAUUGUACUAAGUAAGCUUGCAAGUAUUCAAAUUUAAACUGGUAUGAGGUUAUUUAGAGGAUAUAUAAUGUGAAUGAUGCAUCAGUUUAUGUUGCAGAUAGGAAUAUUCCUAUGCACAAAAACAUAUUGCCAUUAAUAAUUUAAUAUUUCAGAGUGACUUUUUAAAUGGGCUUUUAUAAGUAAAUGAUGUAUACAAAAAUACAGAUCAUUUUGCCUGAAAUUUUCAUAUUUUUAACUGCACCUUGUAAUAUCUUCAUGUGUAUUUUCCACCGAUAUAAUAAUUUUAGAUCAUGUUGAGUCUUUUGUAUAUCAAAAUUCAGACUUCCAUUCAUGUCUUAAUUAUAAUUCCUGUUCAAGUUUUAAAAUGCAUCAUCUAAGCCCUUUGCCAAAGUGGUGAUACAUUAAUGGAUUAUGAAACAAUGAAUGCAAAACAAAAAAAAUCAAUAAAUAUCUUGAAAUUAA